AAUGGAAGACGUCAAUGUUUCCCUCGAGGAUCAUCUCGCAGGCACUCUCAAGCAUAUCUAUCCUAUUCUGCCGGCUGCUCUCGCAGGGGAACUUGCUGAAUAUGUCACGGACCCCAUUCCGCCUCUCAUUCCCUACGCCAUGCUGCUCAAAAUAUCGCAGUGGUCGAGAACCAUCGACGGCCAACGUUCCCUGAAAGAGAACUCUCUUAAUCCUCAUGAUUUCUCUAUGGUUGCAUUGCUCGCGGGCAGCACAACGUACCCCGAGCGUAAAUUCGGGGACUAUACACCACCGAAGGACCCAGAAGAAGUCGAGGCCGAACGCGCAAGGGAAAGGAAAGCUAUUACUGCCCUCGCGAACUCCGUUCUCAGUGUUGGCUGCGUGGGGCUUGCGGCUUGGUGGGGAACAGGAGGGACUGGUUGGAAAGACGAAUGGCGCGCUCUGUUCGCGUUCUUCUCUGCAACCAUCGUUGCUGUAGCAGAGGCGGGCCUUUACUUGAUCUGGCAGUCACGUAAGGCGAAAUCCGGUUCGCUCAAGGUCAAAAGGCGGUCUGCGCGGCACAAGAAGAUCGAUCCUACGCCAGAAACCCAGGGCGAAGAUGAUUCCCCAGCCGCAAUCACAAACACGCCGGAGGAAUCGACAACUCUACGACGCAGGCGAUG